CCAGCCCUCAUCGCUAAGGGAAACAUGGCAAUGGCAGUAUAUAGUAAUUUACUAUCAACCUCCAACUUGUCCUCUGAAGAUCCCACUUGCCAAUCCAUUAUUAUACCAAUAUCUCUCAAUUUUCAAGAAAGAGUUACACACCCCACUAAUAUUAAAUUCUUCAAGAGCUCUGAAUUCACAUUUUUUAAGAUUCUACAACCAAAACACAACCUUAUUCUCCACUUUGUAAUUGCUUCUUUUCACUUAUUUUUUUCGGCUUUGCUCUUGUUCCAGCUUCGGUUGAUCUUGUUCUGAAUCUUGAACCAGCUUUCUGGGUAGCCCACUUCUGCAAAUCCUCAUAUUCGCCAAGUUUUGUACUUUUCUUGAUCUUUUAUUUAAAUCUGCAGGUUAUUUUUUGUGGGUCAUUUUCACCAAGCUUUGUACCUUUCUUGAUAUUUUCUUGAUGAAGUGGAUCUUGAAUCCGCUUUUUGAACAACCUUGGACUACAAUUUGUUUCCAUCUGUGGUAUCUCUUUCGUGGGUUUUUUUUCAGAAUGUGUCAUUUCUAAUGCAGUUAUGAGCUUCUCUUCAUGAAACUAUAACUGUUUCUUUUCAUAUUUCUGUGGGAUUCUAGAAAUGUCAUUUUCACCUAGUUUUGUAAUUCUUAUGAAAUUUUCUUGAUGAGAUGGAUCUUGAAUCAGCUUAAUGAACAACCUUGCACAACAAAUUUUUUGUUGGAUUUUCAGUUUUUAAUUAAGUUAUUCAUUUACAAGUCCAUGGAAUGCUCAAGAUUCUUGACAUUUAUCUGUUUUUCAUUAAGUUUCUUGGUUUUGGGAACCUAUGAACUACAAUCCUCCCAAACCCAAGUACUUUUGCAGCUAAGGAAGCAAUUAGAGUACCCUAAACAGUUAGAUUUAUGGCUCAAUACUAGCACAGAUUUCUGUUAUCUGUCAACCCCUCAGGUGAACAUAACUUGUCAAAACAAUUUGGUUACUGGGAUCGUAAUCUUUGGUGAUGAGCAAAAAAGGGUUAGUAAUUUUAAUGAAUUUCGAGUUUCGGAUGGAACUUUGUCUCAAAAUUUCUCCAUGGAUUCUCUUGUAGCUACCCUUUCUAGACUAAAUAGAUUGAAAUCCCUUAGUUUGGUAUCAUUAGGCAUUUGGGGUUCAAUCCCUGAUAAAAUUCAUAGAUUGCAAUCACUUGAAUACUUGGAUUUGAGUUGGAAUUUUCUAUAUGGUUCUAUUCCUCAAACACUUUCAAGAAUUGGUCAACUUCAGAUUGUUAAACUGGAUGGGAAUUUCUUGAAUGGAACUUUUCCUGAUUGGUUUGAUUCGUUUUCGAAUUUUACUAGUUUAAGUUUGAGGAACAAUCUUUUGAGUGGCUCAUUGCCAUCUUCAAUAAGAAGGAUUACCACUUUAACAGCUAUUGUUUUGUCAAACAAUGCAAUUUCCGGGAAGUUACCGAAUCUUAGUACCUUAUCGAGCCUACAAUGGCUGGAUUUAAGCGAAAACAAGUUUGACUCAGAACUUCCAAAUAUGCCGAAAGGACUGAAAACAAUUCUGUUAAACAACAACUCCUUUUCUGGGAGAAUUCCUCAGCAAUAUGGUCAACUGAAUCAGCUUCAGCAAAUUGACCUUUCUUUCAAUACCCUUAAAGGGACACCUCCUGCAGGACUUUUUUCGUUGCCUGGUAUAAUAUCUUUAAACUUGGCGUCAAAUGUGUUAAGUGGGUCACUUCCUAUGCGCUUGAGUUGUGGCGCUAAGCUUGGGUCAGUCGAUAUCUCAAACAAUAAAUUGACAGGUCUACUGCCUUCCUGCUUGAGCUCUGUGAUAAAAACUAGAGGUAUAAAGUAUGGAGGUAAUUGCCUGUCGAUUGAUCUUAGUCAUCAGCAUCCAGAAACAUAUUGUGCAGAACCCCAUGAAGAGAAGAAAAAAUCGGAAGGGAAAAAUUUGGGAGUAUUAAUUGGUGUCAUUGUUGGAGUUAUUGUUAUUAUGGGGCUUUUGGCCUAUGGAUUUCUUGUUUUGUGUCGACAAUAUUGUCCUCGAGGGACAUCGGAGCAGCAUUUAUUGCAUAAGUCAGUGCAAGAUAAUUCUGUCACGGGGUUCACUUCUGAGCUUUUAACAAAUGCUAGGUUUAUUUCUGAUGCAGCAAAGUUAGACUCACAAGGUACACCCGCACAUCGCCUGUUUUCAUUGGACGAGCUAAAGGCUGCCACAAAUAAUUUUGAUAAGUCCACCUUGAUGGGUGAAGGUUCGACAGGAAAGAUGUACAAAGGAAGACUGGAAAACGGGACUCAAGUAGCUAUACGGUGCCUAACUGUGUCAAAAAGAUACACCAUUCGAAAUCUCAAACUAAGACUCGAUUUGCUGGCUAAGCUCCGGCAUCCUCAUUUAGUUUGCCUCUUGGGGCACUGCAUCCAGAAUGAAGGAAAGGAUGAAUCUGGUGUAAACGAUGUCUACCUCAUAUACGAAUAUGUACCCAAUGGGAAUUAUCAAGCUCGUCUUUCGGAAAUUAAUCCCGAGAAGAUACUAAAAUGGUCCGACAGACUGGCAAUUCUAAUUGGUGUUGCCAAGGCUGUGCAUUUUCUCCACACUGGAAUUAUUCCCGGUUUCUUCAAUAAUCGAUUGAAGGCCAACAAUAUAUUGCUGAAUCAGCAUCAGAUGGGAAAGCUGAGUGAUUAUGGACUGUCAAUUGUAGUCCAAGAGAGUGACGAGCACAAGGCAGAAGGAGGCCUUAAAUCCUGGCAUAUAAAGAGAAUGGAGGAUGAUGUUUAUAGCUUCGGACUGAUAUUACUCCACUCGCUAAUUGGUCCUUCAUUCUCAGCGAGAAACGAGACAUUUUUGCUUAAUGAGAUGGUUUUUUUAGGUACUCCUAGUGGCCAGAGGCGAAUUGUUGACCCUUCUGUACUCAUGUCUUGCUCUCAAGAAUCUCUAUCGAUUAUCAUAUCCAUAGCGAACAAAUGUGUUUCUCCCGAAUCCUCGACUCAUCCAUCUUUCGAGGAUGUUCUUUGGAACUUGCAGUAUGCAGCCCAAGUUCAAUCAACUGCAGAUGGAGAACAAAGAUCUUGAACUCAAAUAAUUCUUACCUUUCUAUUUUUUGGGUGCAUAAAAUACCAGUUGGUUAUUUGUUCAAUGCCAUUUCGCUUGUUUUCAUCUCAAUUAAGCCAUUUUGCUGUAGUUUCUUGAUUUGUGCACAUGUCAGUGAUUUCAUUGGCUAUUUUGGAAGUAACAAAAGAAAUAAUGAGCAGAACAUGUGGUUUCAAUAUUAUUUUUUAGAUUCAUAGAUGAA